UACUGUCAUCGGAAUUUGAACAUCUAGGUUGUCAUAACGACCGCUUGUCAUAGUAACAACCGCCGCAUUUCCUUGGCAACGCUUACUUUUCCAGCUGCUAAUUAUCAGUAAAUAUUUCUCAAAAUCACCGUGGCAAUGCCAAACAAUUCUGAAACUGUUCCGGAAGUUGCUUGUGUCGAAGACAUAACGAAAGCCAUUACGCAGCUGGCAAAAAAAGAUGAACAAUUGACGUAUCAAGCAGUACUGGAAUGCUUUUAUGAGCAUAUCAUCAACAACGUGAGUGAUCUAGAUGCGUUUGAGAAGUCAAAAGCAUCGUGGAUACGACGAAUAAAUCAAGUAGCAACCAUUUGUAAGGUUGAUUUAGCUCACCAACAGCCAACUUGGAAAACGGUUAACGAAGUACUGCGAAAAAAAUUGUCUUCAUCUCCAGCAACGGAGCCUGCGUCAAGUAGUUUUAAAUCACCAUUGUCCUCUUCAAAAUCUCCAUCCCCGCUGAAGACAACAUUGAAUGAGAAGGACAAGGUUGAAUUUGAACGCAUGUUCGCCACUCUGGAUAAAAGCAAGUUCUGGAUACUAAAGGCAAGCAUUGAGGAAGCAAAGCGUAAUGAUUUGCCAAUCGAUUCUAUUGAGUCGGUUGAAGAAAAAGUCAUGAAAUUUGCAAUGAGUUGCAACUUCAAACAUCCAGGCCAUUCAUUUAUUGUUGAUCUCGACGACGGAAACUGGGACGAAGUGUUCUCUCCCGCAGAACUUGAAGAAAUGGAGGAAUUUGGUGCUCCCCUUCUGCCACCGAUCGAUUCGAAGGUUUCCGAAAAACUGAAUGAGUUGGCAAAGCUGAAAACUGCGAAAGAGGCAUACAAUUUUGCGUGCCGCCUUGACCAUGACCCUGAGGAAGAACCACUGAUGGCGUGGCUUAUGAUGUCGAUUUCGCAGACUGCGUAUCAGUUCUUGAAGAAGAACAAUCUACAUAUAAGCAAUUACCUUGAAGCCGAUCAGCAGUAUUAUCUUUGGAGUUUUAUAAGCACUAUAUUCCAUGGAACAGAAAGCAUUUGGCCUCUUGGCAAGGAGAAGAGUAGCAACGCCAAUGCAACAGCAAACAACAGCAAAAGAAAGCUUUCUGCCGUCAACGAGAUUUGCAGAAAAGCCAUGGGCAGAAAAAUGGACACUGUCUACAUCGGCGGAGACGUGGAAUUGGGCUGCAUGGAAAUUGGCAAAUCAGCAGCAGACCAAACAAAAGAGAUCAAAGAUGGGUACAUCAAGAUGCCGCUUGUCAUGAAAGAUAUGCUUCUUAAUAUUGCGAACAAAGCCCCAUCUCUUGUGCACAAUAUACAUAUUACUGGCUAUUCGAUUAAUGGCACAAACAUCUGCAUGCUCGAUGUCGAUUCGCCGAAAGGUUACAUAACCCGUGUUCGACGAACACGAUCCUUACCAUACCCCUCUGACAGAGAUACAUACGUUAUCCGUAUGAUACCACUUUUACGACUGGCAGCUACUGCAAUGGCAAAGAUGCAAAACACUCUUGAUACAUACAAUCACGCAGAAAUUCCUCUCGCUAGUUCGAAAUCUCGACGCAUUGUACUGCCACCUUGCUUCCAUCCAACAUCAACAGCGUCAACAGCAACCUCAAAAACAACAACAUCAUCAUCAUCAUCGACUACAGCUUCUCCGUCAUCAUCAUCAUCAUCAUCGACUACAGCUUCUCCGUCAUCAUCAUCAUCAUCAUUAUCCAAAGGAUCGGCAAGCAAACGCCAAAAAACGAAACAGUGAAAACAGUCCCUGUCAUACCCAAUAAAUCAUUUCAAUAUAUUAACACAUCACGAGAGUUACUCACUGUGGAAAAAUAAGCAAAUUUAGGUUGUGCCUAGUAAGUUCCUGUCGUAUCUGGUUGAUGGAAAAAGUGCGCUUGUUGUUUCUAGUUGUUCUCGGUUCAUUAUUGUUAGUUUUCGUCAGAAAAAGAUUCAAGGGAAAUCUUCAACCGCGUUAUGUUAAAUAUGCGAUAUCUUGGUAUAUCAUGUUCCCUGUAAAACUGAAGAAAAUACAGCUGUAGUUCGUUGAGCUAUUGGCUGUGUACCUCUUAUUCUGAUUUUGGCUACAAUCGAAACAAACAUACAUUCCUUCAAUAAUGCUUGCGUCCAAAAUUUUGUUUGUUUGGAUUUCUUCCUUAGUUCUCCCUCUCUGAUACUUCGCAAUAGUCUACCCAAUAUAAUAUACCUUUUGAGCUAUGUCAGACUUUGGAUAUGAAAA